AUGAGUAUAAAAGAACUGCAUAGUAGUCUAGAGGCACAAGAGUUGCGUCUGAAUGAAAGAACCUCUGAUAGGAAGGUUGAGCAGACUCUGAAAGCUUCUUUUGUCAAGAAAGACCAGAAGCAGAAAAGAUAUGGGGAAGAAGAUAACUUUGAAUAUUCUGAAGGAGUGUUUUUAUAUGAGUCAGAAUCUGAAGAUGACUUUGAAGAUUCUAAAGAAGAGUCAGAAUCUGUGGUUUCUGAAGAUGAGUCAGAGCUAGAAGAUGACUCUAAAGCUGAAGACAAGUUAGAAUCCGAAGGUGAUUCUGGGUCUGAAACAGGAUUAGAAGAUGAGUUAGAAUCUGAAGAAGAUUAUGCUUUUGAAGUUAAAUCAGAACCUGAAGGUUCUAAAGAUGAGUCAGAGGAAAACUCUAAAGACAUUAGCUCCAGAGGACAAGCUUCUAGAGAUGAUCAUGUUUCUAGUGUUAAUCAUGACUCUGAAGGUAGAACUUCUGAAGGAAGAGCUUUUGAAGAUAGUCCAGCCUCUGACGGUGGUCAUGAUUCUGAAGGAAAAGUUCUGAAGGAAAUCCAACUUUUGAAGGCGGUACUUCUUAAGGUUAUGGUUCUGGACGAGGUCCAGAAGUUAACAAAGGUGUAG